AUGUUUCAGGACACUCCUAAACCACCGUCAAAGCCUAGAAAGCGAAAAGCUCCCAACAAUGCAAGUUCCUCUCAGCCUUUACCUGUAGCAGCGAUUGGUGAAGCUGAAGUAAGUUCUAGUGCUCCUCAGCCUUCGGUGUCCACGAAGCAAGUCAAACCACAUGUCAAGAAGGCUGCGAGGGGUAAACAACUCAAGGUAAAGAAAACCAUACCAGUGCCGUAUGGAGUUGGAACAUUCUGGAGUCCAUACACUAAUCGCCCUUUCGAGGUGUUUGGAGACCGUGUCCAUGAUAGGAGUGGCUUUGAUCAGCAUAGGAGUGGCUUUGAUCAGCAGCCUCCACAGGAACCAACCAGCUUGCAGCCUCAACAAGCUCCAAAUAUGCAGUCUCCACAAGACCCAAGCUUGCAGCCAACAGAAGAUGGAAACACUUGA